GCUUCACAUCCAGCUAAGGCAGCUGGCUCCGGCCAGCCAUCAACGCUGCCCCUCAUUCCCGACGACCUUAAAUCCGCAUCCGAACGGCGCGGCACCCGCACUGCCCAAUCCACCCCAAUGCACAGUCGCGAGACGUCCGCCGUCCGAGGGAGAGCUGCCGACCCUUCCACCCUCGCUCCUACCCUACAAACCCGUCGUGGCCACUCCGGGUCGAAGAGCCCCGACGUCUCAGCCGGGCGACCUGCAGGGUAUGACGUGGGAUUGGAAAGACGACCGUCGAAUUCGUACGGCCACCACCGGCAGACGUCAAUCGUUCAUGGCAUGCAGCACUCGCGCAAUACAAGCAUGGCAGGCUCAACCGCCUCUGCUAGCCCGCUGAGCCCCGAGCUGAUCGCCUCCCUCGGCCGCGGCGGAUUCGACGAAGCCGGCCUCCCGAACAAGCUGGAACAAUCCGAUGCGCAUGCGAACUACCAGAACCCCGCCGGAAUGGUGGCGAGUCACGGCAUACAAGGAACGCUGAGCACCAUUCAGGACAACGACAUCGACGACGUCUUGAACGGCAGUCCAGCAAGCAUAGUACAUAAGCGCAUGAAUUCGGGAGGCAUGUCACGGCGAGAGCGAUCACAUAGUCGCUCGCACUCGAAACACCAUUCCGAGUCCAAGACGGUUGGAGAAUACGCACUGCAUCAUCUAUUCAACUCGUUCGUCGGACAAGCAGACAGUAAGAUCAACCAAGCCAUUCUGAAGCUGGGAGAGUCGGAAGCUCCUGUCGAGGAGGUCUGUGGGCCUGGGGCGGACCCCAAUUUCGACCAGUUGAUCUCGGCUUUGGGGCAUAUCGCCAGACAGAAACCGAAACCUCUCAUUGAUACCAUCAUGGUCUGGCGGAAAGCGAAGGGAGAUGCAGCCAUCACUGCAAGGCAAAUGACGAACGAACAGCCGAAGCCAGUAGUCACGGAGAACGGCGUACUCAUGCGCCGUAACACGGAACCAACGCAACCACAUGCGGAUCCAUCUGUAUCCGCCGAGCGGCCAGCACAGCAGACAACGUUGCUUGGUCGCCAUGAUGAUGUUGCGCUGGUAGAACGACGAGCGACCGUCUCUGUAUACCUAGUCUGCAGAGUUCUGAUUGAGAUAUUCAAUCAGAGCAGUCUGGCAUCUAUCACGUUGGAUAUGGCAGAUCGUCUGGAAGAUAUCGUGUUCGGUCAGCUGAAAACUGUUGAUCCUGAUCAGAUCUCCGCGUCACCACUUCGAAUGGCAAAUUGGAGAAUCUAUGGUCAACUUCUUGGGAUCAUGAGCGAACAGAACUUCUCCAGUGUCGCAAACCGGUUCCUGUCGGAACUUGACCAGUACCAGAAGAAUGAAAUUGCCCGGGGUCCAUCGCGCGAGGUCGAUGCGAAGGCGGAGCUCUUGAUCCUCGGCAUGAGGUACUUGCGUCUACCCAUGAACCCAGACACCUGGAGCAAGUCAUGCGACUUCAUGCGGUCUCUGGCUCGUCUGUUUGUCAAUGCCCAUGGGCAAAAGAUCAAGCAGGCCUACUGCUACUUAAUUGAGAAGCUGCUACUACCUGUUGCGGCCAAUCCGUCUGUGGACCUUUCUCUCCCUAGAUGGAAAGAGUUCUUGGAGUUGGUACAAUCACGACUGGCACAGCUUCUCACCAAGCCUCGUCAUUGGGCUGCUUCAUUCUCGUUGAACGUAUUGUUGCUGUGCAUCUCUAACAAGGAAACCUUUUCUUCCCAGUGGCUCUCAAUGAUAUCCAGCUUGCCUGCACGACUUAAGGAUCGACCUACUCGUGCUCCAGCUCUGCAGGCUAUGUGCCGGCUUGUCUGGACCUACUUCUUCCGCUAUUCCGACUCCCCAACAACGGCCCUUCGCAAGGUUGAGGAAGUGGCCAAGAUUGCGCUUCCCACCGGAAAGAGGACGUAUCUCAGCGCUGAACCGGCCUUUGCAGAUCCAUUAAUUCAACUGAUCCGAAUGAUUGGAUUCAAGCACCCCGACGUCUGCUUCAGGACUAUCAUAUUCCCUCUGAUCAACUCAGAUCUCUUCUUGUCCGGCCGUGAGUUGAAGAUCGAACAGAUGGAGCCGGAGAAGAUGGUCAUUGGUAUCCGUGCCUUCCUUGCUACUAUGUCCGAUUUAGAGACAAGCGAUCAGCUCUGCCCUCCGUUCCCUACCGGCUCGCUACCCAACCCAUUUAUGGAUUCAUCAAUUCCGGUGUACUUCCAUCGCCCGCAGUUGCUUGCCGAACACAAGGUGACAACCGCGUCACAGCAGCCCAACCCUGCAGAAUCGAGUCCCGUGAACAUGUCCCGAUUGAGCGACAAUGUCAAGGAAUACUAUCUUCGUUUCUGUGAGGUCCUUGGGAAAAUUACGAUCCUGUGCGACAAUACUUUUGGUGGACAAGCGGUCCUUGAUGAGAAGUUUGGAGGAACGACCCCAAAGACACCUAUCACUGAUGCCUUCGGGUUUGGACGACGUGAUGAUCACGUCAACACACUGGACCAGAAGCAAGGCUUCUACGAUCUUCUCCAUGUGGCGGUGCAGGCUUUGCCCCGCUGUCUUUCGGAACAUAUUCCAUUCAACUCGUUAAUCAAUCUCCUUUGUACGGGAACCGCUCAUGUCAAAUCAAACAUCGCAAUUUCCUCGGCAGAAUCGCUCAAAGCAAUUGCUCGGCAAUCGCAUGCUCAGCAGGUGACCAUUGGCUUUGCAAGAUUCAUCUUCAACUUUGAUGCACGGUAUUCUACCAUGUCUGAUGAGGAGAUGCUCGGGCCUGGCCACAUCGAAUCCACGUUGAGGCUAUACGUCGAGCUGCUACAUAUCUGGAUCGAUGAAAUCAAGCAAAAGACCAAGGAAGCGGCCUCGGACCAACUUGAAAAGUCCAUCUCUGGCAGUCGCGCUCUACACCUGGAUCUGUCAACCGUCCUCGCUCAUGUGGAAGAAAUCGAAUCGCAUGGUCUUUUCUUCCUGUGCUCUCAAUCGAGAAGAGUUCGGGCCUUUGCUAUCAACGUAUUGCGCUUGAUCACUGAGUUUGACAGUGCACUCGGGAAGGAGAACACGAGAAUCAUUAGAAUUCUCGAGGCCGAUUCUCUGCAGAUUUUGGAUGUGAAAGAUGAACAGCUCACAGUCGCGGAGAGGAGCCGUAUUCAAAAGGGUAAGCGAAGGAGUGCAUCUCAGAAUACCCUUAUCGAACUGUGCUCCAGCGAAGUCUCCUACGACUCAACUCUGUGGGCCAAAGUCUUCCCCAACAUGAUUCGGGUUAGCUUCGAGACGUGCCCCUUUGCUGUGACUCUUGGCCGGGAGAUUGUGUGUGCACGUCUUCUGCAGAUGCACAAGACUAUUACCUCCCUCGCGGAGAGGACACGACCUCAGUAUUCUUCCCCGGUGGACGUUCACCAACGUCCCAUAGGUCGGAGCAAUAUGACGGCAGAGAUUCUAGUUGAACAGUGGAAGCUUUACCUGGUCAUGGCCUGCACUACUGUCACCAGUGUUGGUGCUCAGUCUCAGAGCCAGCUGGCAAAUGCCCAACACGCUCGCAAGGCUUCCAAAGGAGCCCAAUCUCAAGACAAGAUCAGCUCUGCCCGCAGUCUCUUUGCCUUCGUCAUUCCUCUUCUCUCUGCCGAACGCGAUUCCAUUCGAAAUGCUAUCGUGGUGGCCUUAGGCUCUAUCCAUAAAAACCUCUAUCGUACCUUGUUGGAGUCAUUGCAGUACGCAGUCACUACCUGCAACGAAGAGGCCAAGAUUCGCAUUGGUACCCAUCAUCGCACCCCUAGCAGCCCCCUCCGCAAUAGAAACACGGAGCGCUUGCGUACGGAGGUGACGCAUGUCUAUAAGCUUACUUCUCACUUCCUACGAGAGCCCGAAGUGUACAACGACGACUGGGUGGUCAACAACCUCAUUACCUAUGCCAAGGAUAUCCGGAUCUUCUUGAGUGAUGCGGAGGUUCAGAACGACUGGGAAUUCCAGCGCUUGCGAUUCCAUUACUGUGGGUUGAUGGAGGAGCUCUUUGAGGGGGUCAAUCGCACGAAAGAUCCUUCUCGCUGGAUUCCUUUCGAGUCCCGCAAGUCUGCAUUCUCUCUAAUGGAAGACUGGUGCGGCUACUCGCCCAACCAGGCACAGAUUUCACAGAGAGAAGACAACAUGCGCAAGUUUGCAAUGGCCCAGCCGCACGAAGGUGGUGAAAUGAGGAAUGCGGCAGCUGCCUUGGAAAUCGAAAAGAAGAACCUCCGCGCAGCAGCAUUGAGUGCCAUGGCCUCUCUAUGUGCUGGUCCGAUUAGCAUCACAACUGAAAGUGGAUCUGUGCUUCAGUUCGAUGUCGGUCGAAUGCUCUCGUGGAUCGAUAUCAUCUUCAGCACCGUCAGCGAUAAGUGGCAUUCGAUUGGCCGUCGCGCGUUGAAGAAUCUCAUUAUCCACAACAAGGAACACUCCUACUUGAUGGAGCGCUCAAUCGAGAUGUGCUAUGUCACAGAGCGUCCCAAGGCGAUCGAGAGUUAUUUCGAGGUGGUGACCGAGGUGCUCUUGGAGCAUCCGGAUUACCCACUUGAAUUCCGGAGGGUCUUGGGCGCCGUCUUGGUGACUCUCGGUAACCAAAAGCGCGAAAUUCGGAUGAAGUCGGCCAAGCUCCUUAGAAAAUUGGAAGAGCGUCAACAGAAGAACUCCCGUCUCCAAGAUUUCGACAUCAGCAUCUCAGAUAAGACCACUGCAGUCUACAAGCUUGCUCAGUUCGAUAUCUCCAAGCGGCUAGCCAACCAGCACUCUGACUUGGCUUUCACACUAUUCUCCGAGUUCGCACUGCACUUCCGCAGCCUGCGCCCUGACAGCCAGCGUAAUAUGGUAGCUGCCAUCUUGCCAUGGGUCCAGACCAUGGAGUUACAGGUGGAUCCCAAUGGUGGCCCAACAGCCACGUCGUACAUGCUCCUUGCAAAUCUCUUUGAGAUCACCAUCCGCUGCAGCACUGUCCUCCCCAACCAGGUCCAGGCGCUAUGGCAAGCGCUAGCCACGGGACCCCACGGCGGCAACGUCCAGCUUGUCCUUGACUUCAUCAUCAGCCUUUGCUUGGAGCGCAAAGAGCAGAAUUUUGUUGAGUACGCCAAGCAGGUUGUCGUUUUCCUCGCUGGAACCCCAGCAGGCUCAAAGGUUAUCGAGUUCUUCCUCAUGCAGGUCAUGCCGAAGAACAUGGUGCAGGAGCGGAAAGAUCUCACGCCGCCUCCACCAGAAAUGAAGAGUCUUCCGUAUGUUGCCGACCUGGAUACGGUUCUUCCAGUAGGAAACAAACAAGCAGGCCUGUCGCUGGGACAAGUGGCUCUCAUUCUCCUCGUCGAUCUCAUGGUCGCCCCUGUCACACUGGCUUUGGAUAAUAUUAUCAAACUCCUCCAUGUUGUCCUCAUUCUCUGGGACCAUUAUACAGUGACUGUCCAAGAGCAGGCGCGAGAGAUGCUGGUCCAUCUUCUCCACGAGCUCGUUGCAGCAAAGUUGGAAGAUGACGCCCCUGCUGGAACUCGACAGGCGAUUGAAGACUUUGUCGAGUCGAUUCGUAAAAGCGAUCCGGCGGUGAUCUGGGAAUACGAAGAGAAUCAUGGCAAGGAAGAGGAAGAUGAUGAUCGCAAGGUGCCCCAAGCUAUGGGUGCAGUGACCCGUGAUGUGAUCAAGUUUUUCAGCUUUGGUUAUGAGGGUAUCGGUGAUCUCUGGGCCAAGGAGGCACUGAAUUGGGCGACGUCGUGCCCCGUCCGACAUCUGGCAUGUCGGUCGUUCCAGAUCUUCCGGUGUAUCUCGACCUCACUUGAUUCGCGGAUGCUGGCAGAUAUGCUUGCCCGCCUCUCCAACACUAUUGCGGAUGAAGAGACGGACUACCAAACCUUUUCAAUGGAGAUCCUCACCACGCUGAAGAUUAUCAUCAGCUCUCUGACACCGUCGGACCUUUUACACUACCCUCAACUGUUUUGGACAACUUGCGCUUGUCUCAAUACCAUCCACGAAAGUGAAUUCAUCGAGAGUCUAGGUAUGCUCGAGAAAUUCCUUGACAGGUUGGACCUCGGUGACCCCAUGGUGGUGACGCAACUCCUUGAGGGCCAGCCACCCAAGUGGGAAGGUGGAUUCGAUGGUCUCCAGGAUCUGGUGUUCAAGGGCCUCAGGUCAUCUGAAUCCUUUGAGCGUGCACUGGACGUUCUGCACCGUUUGAGCGGGUUGCCAAACAACGAACUCAUCGGAGACGGGACACGUCAACUAUUUACCAUCCUUGCCAAUCUGCCUCAUUUCCUCCAGUGUUUUGACCGCGGGUUCGCUGACCAGAAGCCCAUUAUGCAUGCCAGUUUGCUUGCACGCGUGGCAGAGAAUGAGCGAUGCCCACGGCUUGCAGCGUCGAUCUUUGGUUUCGCAAACCAACAAUACAAAGCCGAAAAUGUCUUUUUGGACCAUAUUGUGACUGAGAUCAAGUCAUACUACUUCCCGCAGUUGGACUUCCAAUGCUUGAUCUUCCUGAUGGGUCUUCUCACCAACACAACAGACUGGUUCCGAAUUAAGACAAUGAAUAUUCUCUGCGUCCUGAUCCCCGAGGUUGACAUGCGCCGGAAUGAGGUCACUUGUCAUGGCCCGGAUCUGAUAUCCCCAUUAUUGAGACUUCUCCAGACCAACCUCUGCCCUCAGGCUCUGGAGGUCUUGGAUCACAUUAUGACUGUAUCUGGCAACCCGAUGGAGCGUCAUCACCUGCGCAUGAGUAUGGCAUCAUCCACCUCGUCUCGUGCUAUCCGCAAAGAAUACGAGCGGAUUCAAAGUCUAUACGGCAUCCCCGAGCCUUCGGGUUGGUCUGUGCCUAUGCCGGCGACUCAGUCAGUCAUGACUCGCAACAAUGUGCAUGCCGUAUUCUACACGUGUGCCGAGGCCGAUGAUUUGACCGUCCAAGACAGCAUGACGCCUAAUGUGGAGUUCCGUGCGGAGGAAUACACUGACUCGUUCUUCCCGAUGCGAGCUGAUACAAUGAAGUCUGUGGACACGCAGAAUGAUGGUAACAUGGGUGAUAUUGUGCAGAAACUGGACAGCCUGGACGAUUUCUUUGAUGAGGAAACCGAUGCCAGCAUGCCUACGCUCAACCCAGUUGCAACGCCAAUGAUACGAGGCUUUACUGGAAGCUACGUCGAUACCAAUGCUCAUCUGUACGAUCAGCAAACGGCGCCCAUUCUGCGCAAAUCACUGGCUCGAACGGGCUCUACGUCGUCCUUUCACAACGGUCUUGCCGAAACCCGCACAGCAAACUUCCGCUUUGACGGACCCGGCAUACCAUCGCCGGUGAGUGCAGCACCCCACAGCUCGGGUCAGACGUUGCGACCGGCCUCCCAUACUCGAUCUGUCACUUCCCCUGCCAACAACCUGUUUGUCCAAACACAGGCCUUGGCACCACACGGCACGCUACCCGUGGGCCUCAAUGACUCCGCCUUCAUGUCCGACGACGAGAUCGAGGAAGCGCACUCGGAUAUGGAAGAGCGACCUGUAACCAGACGGCCAUACCCACAAAUGCCGCCCAUGAUCCGCAGCGCAACAGACAGUCCCCACUCCCUCGAAUCCAUGAUUCGCAGCGGCAUGCGCCGACUCACCGGCGGCGCAGCCAACCGGGAAAAGGAACGGCAGCGGGACCACCUCCGCGCACAGCAUCGCGCCAUAGUCCAGACAGCCAACUCUCCCCGUGUCCCCAAGGUACCAGAGGAGUACCUUGCCGGACCAACCAGCCACCCGGCAUCCCCGAGAUGA